CCACUCAGGCCCCUCCCCAGGGGCGGGGUCACACGUAGAUCCUCCCACUCAUCCUCUCUAAGCAGCUGGGACUGUUCCCUUAGCUUGACUAGAGCUGGAGGAGGAGAGGGAUGGGGCUGUGGUGACCCGGGAUUAGGAGGAUCCCCGUUAUAACGGAGCUGCCUUGAUCUAACUGGAGGUAUGUUUUCCUGAGUGAAGAAAAAGGAAUCACCAAGAUGGCUGCACAAAAGAUUCGGUCCGCUAACACUAAUGGCCUGCCGCGCUGCAAGUCUGAGGGAACACUCAUUGAUAUUAGCAGCAGUCUCCCUGAUCAAAGCCUUAGUGAUGUCAAAGUGUUGUCACCUAGUUCUUUGCGUAUAGACAGUCCUACAUCCCUGGAAAAUGUAAAAGAAGUUGUGGCCAUUAAGGAUUAUUGUCCCAGUAACUUUACCACCUUGAAAUUUUCUAAAGGAGAACAUUUAUAUGUGCUGGACACUUCUGGUGGUGAAUGGUGGUAUGCACACAAUACAACGGAAAUGGGAUACAUACCUUCUGCCUACGUACAACCUGUAAAUUAUCGGGACUCGUGUCUUAGUGACAGCGGUAUGAUAGAUGGAUUGAUGGAAAGUGUUGAUGAAGGUGUUAAAGAGCUGAAUCUCUUAGGUGAUUGGACGGAUAUCCUCAAUCAGAACUCUGUCAAAACAAAUAACAACAACCCAUUCUUGCGGCCAACUGUUUCCAACCCCUUUUUGAAUGGACCAGUAAAUGCCCUGCAGAAGAUGGCCUCAGAUUUAGGAAAUUCAGUUGAUUUAUUGAUGUUUGACCCAUUAGCACCUUCCAUUGCUAGUUCUACAGAAACCAGCACUGAUAUCUUCUUGGAGAUUUUACCACGUGCCAACCAAGUAGAUAUAAUGAAUGAGCCAGCUCCUGUAAGGAGGGACAACCCAUUCUUCCGGAGCAAGCGUUCCUACAGCCUCUCCGAGCUGUCCAUUCUCCAGGCAAAGUCUGAUAAUCCAGCCACGGGUGGCUUUUUUGCUGGUCUCAAGUCCCCAGCUCCUGAGCAGUUCCAGAGCAGGGAAGAUUUCAGAACUGCAUGGCUCAAUCACCGCAAGCUGGCCCGGUCCUGCCAUGAUCUGGACUUGCUGGGCCAGAAUCCUGGCUGGGGUCAGACUCAGCCUGUGGAAACGAGCAUUGUCUGCAGAUUGGACAGCUCUGGGGGUGCCGUGCAGCUGCCGGAUACAAAUAUUAGUAUUCAUGUACCCGAAGGACAUGUAGCAUCUGGUGAGACACAACAGAUUUCACUCAAAGCCUUGCUUGAUCCUCCACUGGAACUCAACAAUGAUAGGUGCACAACAGUGAGCCCUGUUUUGGAAAUCAAACUUAGUAAUAUGGAGGUGCAGACUUCUCUGACAUUAGAGGUAAAAGUCUCUGUAGAGCAAAGGAAUAAUAUUCUUGCUCCAAACCCUGUCGCCAUAAAGUGCUUGCGGGGUGACACUAAAGAAGGUCCUUACAACUUGUUGCCUUAUUCUUACACAUAUGGGGACACUGUUCAAGUUAAGCUGGAAAAUUUGGAACCCACUAUGUAUGUUGUGAUGGUCGUUCAGGCCCAGCACAUGGUACCACCUUCUAGUGUGUGGGAAUAUAUUAACAAGAAGAUAACUGUUGGACUGUACGGUCCCAAACAUGUCCAUCCUUCAUUUAAAGCUGUACUUGCCAUAUUUGGGCAUGACUGUUCCCCUAAGACCCUGUUGGUCAAUGAAGUAAGCCAGCAAGCUAAUGGGGUAGCACCAGUAACCCUACAGCUGUGGGGGAAACAGCAGUUUAUACUUUCCAAACCUCAGGAUCUUAAACUUUGCCUUUAUUCCAACAUGACAAAUUAUAGAGUGGAAGCCGGAGACCAGGGCAAGAUUGUGAGAGCAUUUCAACUUAAACUGGGCAAAGUCAGCCGAAUAAUCUUUCCAAUCAAUUGCCAUGACCCUGCACAGCUUUCAGACUUCACCCUUAGGGUGCAGGUUAGAGAUGAAGUAGGUAACAUAUUAUCACAGUACUGUGUACAAACCCCAAGGCCACCUCCAAAAACUGGACUUAAAUCCACUGGGCCAAGAAGAUUUCUUAAGAAAAAAGAAAUUGGAAAAAUAGUUUUGUCACCUCUAGCUGUUACAUGUAAGUAUCCAAUGUUUCAGGAACGCUCAAUAACCAACCUAAAAUAUGGCAAACUAAUAAAGACUGUUGUGCGACAAAGUAAAAACCCUUAUCUACUGGAGUACAAGAAAGGAGACAUGGUUGCUCUUCUGAGUGAAGAGAAGAUCCGACUAAAGGGACAGCUGUGGACUAAGGAGUGGUACAUUGGUUAUUACCAGGGCAAGAUGGGCCUGAUUCAUGCUAAAAAUGUGCUUGUGGUAGGAAAAGCAAAACCAAACCUUUUUUCAGGAUCAGAGUUGACCACAAGCACUCUUUUAGAGCAGAUCCUCCGGCCUUGCAAAUUCUUAACCUAUAUCUAUGCCUCAGUUCGGACCUUAUUAAUGGAGAACAUUGGCAGCUGGAGAUCCUUUGCUGAUGCCCUUGGUUAUGGAAAUCUACCCCUUUCCUACUUCUGUCGCGUGGAAUUAGAAAGUGAGACUGAAAGGGUGGCGUCAGUAUUGGAAAAACUAAAGGAGGAGUGCAACAACAAUGAGGGCAAGGAAAGAAAAUCCUUCCAAAAGGAGCUGAUUUCGGCCUUACUGAAAAUGGACUGCCAAGGCCUGGUGGUCCGCCUUAUUCAGGACUUUGUAUUGCUCACUACUGCAGUUGAGGUUGCCCAACGCUGGCGAGAGCUGGCAGAGAAACUGGCAAAGGUGUCAAGACAGCAGAUGGAAGGCUAUGAAGCCCCACACCGUGACAAAAAUGGAAUCCUGGAUGGUGAGGCCAUGUGGAAGCCAGCCUAUGAUUUUCUUCUAACAUGGAGCGCACAGAUUGGGGACAGCUACCGAGACGUCAUCCAGGAGCUCCACACAGGCCUGGAUAAAAUGCGCAGUCCCAUCACCAAGAGGUGGAAGCAUCUCACCGGGACGCUCAUUCUGGUGAAUUCUUUGGACACUUUAAGAGCAAAUGCAUUCAGCACCCAGGAACAGGAGGACUGUGUUAUCUAAACUGGAUGGAUGGGCACAGCCUCCCUUUUAAAUGCAUUGGAUUGGACUGGCACAGCCAGAUUUUUGAUAUCGUGCAUUUCAGACUAUUUUGGGACCCUUACCGCAGUGUAAAGUUCCAGUGAAAUGAUGUAUAUUAGUGAAAUUAACUUUUUUAGGGUUAUUCCUGCACCUUCUCUAUUUAAUUUUUUUUAAAACCAUGCAGACAUAACUUUGUCAAAGUCUGUACACUGGAUGGCCCUGGCGUUUAGUCACCGGUUCUCUCUUGUGUGUUGUAUCUCUAGGGUUUGUAUACAGUGUAAAUAAGUGAGGAUGAUUGUAAAACACAGGGUGGUUUGUGAGCCAGAGAUCUAAUCCUCCGGACUUCGUGUCUUGUUAUUGGUUACUAAAGGAGCACAAAUGCAUUCUAUUCUAUUCAUUGUAUUCUGUCCUCCUUCUUCUCGUCCCACCGUGCACGGGGUCUUUGGGGACUGCUAGUUUAUGUUCUGCGUGGAACGUUUUAUAUGACCUUCCCCUAUGGGUUUUUUGUUACCAUGUGAUUUUAGUUCUUAUUUUGGCUAUAGGUAGCCAUGUAAAUAUGUAGUUAUAUCCCUGAACCCUACCCCUUAUUGUAUGUAGGACAUCUACAGGACAAUCUUUUGUCACAGGUGCCUGCUUGAAGCAAUAAAUAGUGUUUAAUAUAGGGUAAGGCAGGCAACUUACUGCUCACCCAUGUCCUGCAUUUCAGCCUAUCCAGGUUAUCACUUUUAUCACUCUUGCCUGGGAAUUCUAAAAUAGUCCGUCUAUUGUCAGUAGACAUUUCCAAUCUAUGUCUGACUUUUUAACCAGUUCACAGGUCACUAGGACAUGUUCGUGUUUUCCCUGUGCCUUAUACCUGUGUAUUAAUGUAAUGACAGCACUGUCUCCAUCAGGCAGAUGGACUUACAAUUAGGGCUGGGCGGUAUGACCAAAUGUGUGUAUCACGGUAUUUUUUAAACUUUUGGCGGCUCCACGGUCUAUAACGGUAUUUCCUAAUUAAUUAUCAGCCCACAUCCCCAUCAGGGUACUACUCACAUAUCACCCGCAUGCACUGCCCUCCUUGUCCUGUUUGUUGCGGCUGCCGGCGCUGACACUCUAUAAUGUGCGGUAUCCCUAUGCCCGAGCUGAAAAAGGUAAACAAAAUAAACUUUAGUGCACCUACGUCGGCCUUACGCUGGGGGCGGGAAUGUCUGAGAGCCGUCAGCCUA